GCGCGCAUUGACAGAGACUGUGAGUAACAGCAGAGCAGCGCGUGCACUGUAAACACUGUAAACAACGCAGUGGCGUUCUGUGUUCUGUAGAAUAUCCGGCACGCGCUGUAAACACUGUUUUAGUUUCAGUUUCGGUUUGAGGGAUGGAGGCGAAGAGAAAACGGUGUUUUGGAGAGGAGGACGGAGAGGAGGAGGAGGAGGAGAGUGAUACAGAGGCUGUUCGCGAGACCGACAGCGAGAGCUCGGUCUGCUCCUACGACUCUGAGGAGGAGGAGGCCUUCCUGGAGGGAGAGGAUCUCCUGCUGGAUCGUGAUUACAAUGAUGAAGACAGUAAUGAGGAAUGGGAGCCGAGUAAGUCAUCAGAAGGAAAAAGAGCCAAACCUGCGUCAUCACCAUCAGCCAAGAAACGCAAGACCAUCCCUGUUACACUGACACCACCAUCAACAUCUUCUGGCUCCUUAUCUGAGGGGCCAUGCUCCACCCCAAUGUCAAGUUCAGACAAAUGCAAAGGAUCAGCUUCAAAGAGGACACCUAAGCGGAGGUCCAAUUCUACAAAAAAAUGUCCCUUGCAAGCUGCUAGUGAUGAUGAUGAUGAUGAAAAGGAUAUGUGGCAUGACAUUUCAGAAGAAGACAAACAGCCUGACCUUCCCAGUUUCCAGCCACAGCGUCCUCCUGGCCCACAACUCCUCUCAUGUACAUCGUAUACUCCUCUUGAGUUGUUUAAGUUGUUUAUGUCCAUGUCUGUGGUUGGAAAAAUUGUUGAGAAUACGAAUGCGCAUGCUGAGAAAAGAGCACAGGCUGGAAAAAGAUACACCUGGUAUCCUCUCACAGUUGAGGAGUUCUACACCUACAUUGGCCUCGUCAUAUACAUGGGUUUAAUGCCACUAAAACGAUUCAGUGACUACUGGAGUGAGAAAUCAAUUUACAAUCUUCCCUUUCCCCGCUCCGUCAUGUCCAGGAACCGGUUUCUGGCAAUAACAUGGAAUCUUCAUCUUUGCAAUCUGGAGAAGGAUGAGGAGAACAUGUGUAAAAAAGGAACCCCAGAGUAUGACCGGCUGUUCAAAAUAAAGCCUCUGUAUACGGAUCUUCUGUCUGCAUGCCAGACCUAUUUUCAACCUAGCAGAGAGCUGUCUAUUGACGAAAGGAUGGUGGCAUCCAAGGCCCGUAUAGGACUAAAGCAGUACAUGAAGGACAAGCCCACGAAAUGGGGAUGCAAACUCUUUGUGCUUGCUGAUUUAGCCACUGGGUACACCUGGAACUUCUUUGUGUAUGAGGGAAAGAGCAAGCUGAAGACACAGAAUGGACUAGGCUAUGACUCAGUUACUCAGCUUGUGAAUCACCCCUUGCUGGGCAAGGGUUAUAAACUGUACAUGGGCAAUUUUUACACAAGCCCCAAGCUUUUAUCUGAUUUGUAUGCAGCAAAAACGCUUGCAUGUGGCACCAUCCCAAUGAAACGACAGGGCUUUCCACGCACCAGGUGCCACGACAUGCCCAGGAAAGCAGUGAGAGGAACGAUCCGCUGGAUUAGGCGUGGUGAGCUUCUGUUUGUUAAGUGGAUGGACAACAGGGAGGUAGCUUUAUGUACCACUAUGCACAAAGCGUAUGAUGGAGACAACGUGAGCAGGAGAGUCAAAGACACUAAGGGCGUCUGGCAGGUGAGCCAAGUCCCUAUCCCAUGUGCAGUCCAGGACUACAACAAGAACAUGGGUGGUGUGGACUUCUCAGAUGCCCUGGUUGGCUGCUAUAACGUGCUGCACAAAACCAAGAAGUGGUACAAGACCGUUUUCUACCAUUUCAUUGACAUUGCAGUUGUGAACAGCUUCAUAAUGCACAAAGAACUGACUAAGGCAAACAGCCGGGAAACAGUGAUGCACAAGCAGUUCAGAGAAACUCUUGCAACUGACUUAACCAAAAUGCUCACCCGCUUGGCUCCACCUCAGCCGCCUUUAGCAGGUGAUGAAUGUUAUCCCGAUUUCUUCUCAGAAGACUCUAGAGUUGGGAGAAGGGCGUGCGAGUUGUGCAAACAAGACGGCAAAAAAGUGAAGACCUCUGCUUUCUGCAUGAAGUGUAGAGUGGCAUUGUGCUUGAUGCCCAAGCGCAACUGUUUCCUGCAGUGGCACCAGGAAGGGCUUCACUACAUAGGGUAAUGGGGCUUUAACCAGAGUUGAAUUGGAGUCACAUGUUGACUGACUUGCAACUUGACUUGGGUGCCUCCUUAACUGGAUCACAAUAUAAGACUUAUAUCAUGUGGGCAAGUCACAUGGUUUGAUGUUCGCUUCCAGAGCUACAAUACCUACUUAUUUCUCAGCCACCUUCCAACUUGAAGUUGCAUCUCAGAGACUCGAGACCUAUCUCAACCCCAGAGACUCAGGACCCAACUUGGAGUUGCAUCUCAGAUACCCAAUUUGCACUCACACCCCAGAUGUAGACCCAACUCAAAGUCGCACCCCUGGGAGUGGAGAUCCGACCCAGACUCGGACUCGCACCUCAGAGAUUUGAGACCCGACUCAAACUUGUACCUCAGAGACUCAAGACCCGUUUCGGACUCACGCCUUGUACCUCGGAAACUUGAGACUGGACUUGGACUCGCAGACCCAAUUUGCACCUUGGAGACUUGAAACUCAUUCAUUUUUAAAGAACUGUGGGAGUAAAGCCAGGGGGUACGGGUUUGUAUGGUUGAGUGCACCUGGCUGGCCCUAAGCUACCAAAUGAUAAAGAGUAUGUUUCUUCAUAGACUUUUAAAAUGACCUUCUUUUUCUGACCAAAUGAGGUUCUAAUAGAUUUGCA